AUGUGUACACUGCAGUCGACAGAGCUUGUAUCUUCAACCAUCGACUCCGAGGCCUUGAAACCCAAUCCGGUGCUCGAAGCUCUGGAGGAAAGGAUCCGGAAGAGUGAAGACGAAAAACGCGUUAGUAAGAGGGAGAAGAAAAUAAGGAAGAAGGCUGAGAGAAAGAUAAAGGCCGCAAUCAGGGCGGAGGAAGCAACGAAGGCGACAGAAGCUGAGAGGGAUCGCGAAGACGAAGGAACGAAAUUAUUGGGGGUUAUCCCAAAGGAGGAGACAAGGAGCGCGGAGAAACCAGUCCAUACCCAGGAAGCGAGGAAGGCAGAGGAAGCUACGGCUGCGGAGGAAACGGAUAAGGCAGAUGAAACAAGGAAGGAUGAGGAAAUGAAUCAGAUGGAAGAAGCAUUUCGGACACCAAUUGCGGAGCCAGAGGAACAACUUGACGCAGAGCAAGUAAGGUGGGCUGCACAGGAGACGAGAAUCUUAGACAUGGAGAAGAGGAUGGCCAAGUGGGAGAGGAUAUGGGCAGAGCAGGAGAAGACAUCGGUGAGCAAGGACAAAAGGCUCGCAGAUGUCGAGAGGAUAUUGGCAGACAAGGGAACCGCAUUGGCCGAUAUGAAAACCAGGCUGGCCGAGGUGGAAAGGAAGCUCGCAAGUUACGACGGAACCUUCGCAGGGACAGCUGACGAAACAUUGCGAGAUGGUCAAGCUCAGGUAGACAAUUUAGAAGAGACGGGAGCCUCGUGCCCCCCAAGGAUGGCAGACGAAGGACGAGAUAUCCAGGACCAAACAGCCAGUGAAGCAAAGAAUGAUGCCCCGUGCGUGCAAAUAGAUACGACGCUAUCCCAAGUGACCCACGAAGACGCCAAACAGCAGGGGAGAGCGAGCAUUCAGCCCGUGGCCUGGCCAACCUCCCAGCAGAUCAGCACGGCUAAGACCAAAACGCAGUACACAGAGGGCGCUUUCCAUAUCGCCGUCGCUGGCAGUUCCGGAAGCGGAAAAUCCUCCCUGAUCAACGCCUUCCGCGGCCUCUCGAACAGGGACAACAGAGCGGCCCCCACAGGGUUCGUCGAGACCACGAGAGUCAUCGGCCGAUACGAGGAUCCCGACCCCAAGAGACCGCUCGUCUGGUAUGACAUGCCAAGCAUUGGAACGCUGGAGGUCCCAGACUCCCAGCACUUUAACGAGGAAGGUCUCUUCGUGUUCGACUGCGUCGUCGUGCUCUUCGACCACCGUUUGACAGAGCAAGAUGUCGCCCUGCUCCGAUAUUGUGCACACUUCCAGAUCCCGUCGUACAUUGUUCGCUCAAAGUCGGAUGCACAGAUAGGUGCUAUUGAGAGGGAGAUGCGGGUGGCCAAUGCCGAUGAUGAAGGCGAGGAGGAAGAUGGGCUGGAAGCGGUUCACGUUUCCCGGAUUGGAGAAUACGAGGAGGCUCGCGGAAGAUACAUGAGAGAGACGAACGAGAGCGUGCACCGCACUCUUGCCCAGGCGGGCUUGCCAGUGCAGACAGUGUAUUUUGUGGCGAGGGAUACUCUCCGGAAGGUCAUCAAGGAAUCCUUGAGGAAACACAGUGGAAAUCCACUUCAGAAUAUCCUGCGGACGAAUAGCGACACGCCGGCCAAUGUGGGCAAACCAUCGAGAGAUAACAGGCUUGAAGAGAAAGUCCUCCAUGAGCGGCAUCUGCUUGAGGAUAUGAUUCAGACAGGUUACGGGCGCAGACAGAAGAAAUGA